CGGCAAUAACGCGCGACACACGAUUUUGUCUAAAGAAACUUACCGCUGGUGAUUGCAAACAUGAGCUUGUUAAAUAAGCCGAAGUCUGAGAUGACGCCGGAGGAGCUUCAGAAGCGUGAGGAGGAGGAAUUCAACACGGGUCCUCUGUCAGUACUCACUCAAUCCGUCAAAAACAAUACACAGGUCCUCAUCAACUGCCGUAAUAACAAGAAACUUCUGGGCAGGGUCAAGGCCUUUGACAGGCAUUGCAAUAUGGUACUGGAGAAUGUGAAGGAGAUGUGGACAGAAGUCCCAAAGAGCGGAAAGGGUAAAAAGAAAUCCAAGCCUGUCAAUAAGGACCGUUACAUCUCAAAGAUGUUCCUGCGUGGAGACUCAGUCAUAGUGGUGCUCAGAAACCCUCUCAUCACUGGGAAAUAAACCUGGACAUGUUUUCAAUAACUGUUAUUGUCAUUUGUAAUUUUUUUUUUUUUACCUUGAUUUCCAGGGGUACUUCUGGAAAGGAGAGGAAAGAUGCAAAAUUAAGACCCAAACACUUUUGUGUUGUUAGACAAAAUUGAGAUCUUUGUUUGAUUGUGAUCAUUACCCUGUUUUCUCCAUUUUGUUUAUUUUUUUUUAAUGAAUUACAGAUGCGGUUUUCCUCUUGAGGAGUUCAUCUACAUUUCUUUGUCUUUAAAGUGUGGUCUUCUGAACACAGAUUAAACCUAAUCCAGGUCUAAAGGGGACUGUCAUUGGCAAAUACAGAAAAGUGAAAUUUAAUUUGCUUUUAGGUUUAACCUAUAGAAAAUCUUUAGAAAACCAAAAAAAAAAAGAAAACCAUCUGUCCAUGUUAGAUAUGAGUUUUAACCACUUUCUAGGUUUCUAAAUAACAGUCUAAUGUCUUUCCCUAAAGGCCUAAUCCAAAAAUUUUCAUUCAGAACUCAGAAAGACCCCUGUUACUACCCCUGUUACAGACCACGGCAGUGUGGUAGAAAGCAUUUGUUUUCUUGCUACAGAACAGAUUAUAAGAAAAAGCAAACGUGUGUUGUGUGAC